AUGACCAUUCCGCUUUACAAAUUACCACCUCUGGUUCCUCUUCCCGAACUUCCCGAGUCGGAUCCUUCUCGAAAAUUGUCUGUAGGAGUUUACUGGGAAAAUUGCAAAAAGAAAGAGUUUCAAUUCGAUCAACUCGAUUUUUCAAACGACACAUUGAAGAAAGUGGUGCUUUCUGAAAUCGAGAGACAUCCGGAGAUUUGGAGUUCGAGGAAAGGAAAUAGUCAUCAGAAGAUGUUUCCGCAAAUCGCAGUAGAUGUUUUUAAGAGAACUGGGAUUUUGUUGUCGAUUCCCUCCAUCAAAUCCAUCUACAAAUGUGCCAAGGACAAUCUCCGUAACCGCCUUCGAAUCGCCGUUGUCCGUCAUCGUCUAUCUCCAGAAGACGUCGAGCGCUAUAUGUGGCGAUGGGAUUUCUACGGGUUCAUCCGCUUCUAUCGCGAACACACUCAACAUUGGGAAGCCGAGCUGUUGAAAGAGGCUGCUAGCGGUCUGCCGGUUUCUCCAAAUCCCGUUUUAAAGGAUCCGGUUCCCAGGAAAAGAAGAGCAACUCAGGCGAUGGAAGAGGAUUACGGAGUGGUGGAAGAAGAGCAUUUCGAGGAUAAAGAUUUAUAUGGUGGACAACUUGAAAUCGACUACUCAGUGUAUCUUCCACAGAAUGGGACUUUUGAGGAGCCAGAAGAGGAGACACCGUCGCCAACUGUAAAAUUGGAUCGUGCCAUAACGCAACAAAUACGCACUCUACAGCCACCAUCUGAUUAUCCGGAUUAUGUUGCUCCGGAUGUUACAGAUUGUGUUAGUUCCUCGAGCACCGCCCCUCCAAAUCCAGCAGCUAUCAACAAUUUCAACGAAGAAAUGAAACAAAUCGCCUAUCAAGCGAAUCGUAUUGCUCAGGAACAACCAGGAGCUAUCAAGCUCCUACGACGAGCAUUUUUCGAUGUGGUUUUGGCCUUCGAUGAGCACAAAUUCAAAAAUAUUGGAGAGCUUUACAAAGAGUUGGCCGAUAAGAAUACUAAAUAA